CCCACUGCCGUUGUCCCUGCCGCAGGAUGGUCGCGACGGACCUCUCCUCCCUGCCUCCCACCCGGUCUCUCCAUAGUCCUUUCUCCACACCACGAGAGGGCUCUGGCCUUCAUCUUCCCCGGGGUUCAUCCUGCAUCUGUACCACUCACUCUGCCUUUCUUCAUGUCACCGUGGGCGAGGUGUCCGUGCCGCGGGCAUAGGUCCAUCACGUCCAUCUGUCGGAGGACCUCGCUCCCAGGAGUACCCCAGCCUUUGCUGAUUGUCAGUCCCCCGCUGCUGUGUGUACAGCUGUACAGCGUGUGUGUACAGCUCCUCCCGCCUCUGCAGAUUCUCUCUUGAUGUUCCCCAUCUUUCUCCAACUACUCCUUUGGUCCGUCAGCCUCAGCUGUGGUCCUCGGCAUCUGAACACAGUCUGCGCAGUCGGCCGUUGGGUUUGCCCUGCACGUGCCUGUUGCGCAUCAGCAGUGGUGUGGCCCAGAGGCACGCAGCAGCCUGGGUCUCACUCAGAGCUCUCGGUCUCCUCACCGCCUCUCGUCGCUCCCGUGCGGGCUGCGUCCCUCCCGUGCCUCCAGCUGCCCAAGCCCGGAAACCAGCAGAGACUCAUCAUCUCGGCUUCUCUCAUUUCCCUUCAUUCCCUUCAUGUCAUCCACGGGCAAGUCCUGCUUGUUGGCUGUGCUUCCAGACACGGCCUGGCCCCUUUCAUCUCUCGCCAUUACAUUCAUCUUUUGCCUCACAGAGUUUUCCGGCCUCUUCUUUACACCCCCCUGGCCCCCCGCCACCGAACUCUCCCUCCACACAGCAGCUGGAGAUUUGUAAAGUGUCAGAUGACGUCACUCUGAACAACGCUUCAGAGGCUCCCCGUGAAGAAGUCUUGUGGGAUGUAGCCCCACGUGCCAGCCGGCCUCCUCUUGGACCACCCAGUCACCCCUCCCACCCGCAGACACCCCCCUGCCCCCCACCGCACGCCAGCCUUCCUCCUGCUGGUCCAGCAGACUCCUUGCCCAGGUGCUGGCCUGGCGGCUCUGUGUUGGCUUGUAGAGUUUCAACCCUGUUUGCGUUCGUCUCCCCCGAGAAGCUUCCCCAGACCAUCAGUCCCUCUCGGAUGGCAUCCUGUUUUCUUCUUUUCACAGCACUGUUGCAAAAUGAAGUUCUUUUGACCAUUUACUUGUCUUAUCUGUCCUCACAGAAUGUAAAUUUUAAGAGGAUAGAGACCUCAUUUGUCUUGUUCACUGUUGUAACCUCAGCACCUGAUAGAGUACCUAGCAUGGAGAAUGUGUCCAGGAGACAUCUGUUGGAUGAAACCUGAUCACUGUUUCUGCCAUUUCAAUGGCCCACUCUUCCCUGGAGAAUAAAAUCCAAGUUCCUUGAAAUGGUUUGGUUGCUCUCUGGUCUCGCUCCUACUCAUUUUUAAUCCACUGGUUCUUAAUGGGGGCAUUUUGACUUCCCCUCCCCACAGAAGAAAGAUACUUGGCAACAUCCACAGACAGUUCUGAUUAUCAUGACAGUGGAGGUGUUCUGGCAUUCCAUGGAUAGAGGCCAGGGGUGCAGCUCGGUGGCCUGCACUGCACGGGACUGGCCCCAGAAAAAAGGAUCUGAUGCAAAUGUUCACAACGCAUCGCUCAAGACUCUGGCUGGUUCUCUCUUUAUUGCACUCAGAGUUCUAGCCUUGCUGAAAGGCCAUGUCCUUCUAGCCUCUGAGCCUUGACCUUGCUAAUGUCGCCACUGAACAUUCCUUCCUCUCUUCUGUUUCUGCUGCUGACUCUGUUCUUCGCCUGGAUGGGGUCUUGAGGCAAAUAAGGAGUUCAUCUAUUCUGGCAGUUUUGAGACUGUAAAAAAUAACUUAAGUUUCCACCUUUGGGUGGAAUUUAAGUUUUAGGUAAAUUUAAGUUCUUACCUAAAUUGAAGGUAACUUCCAUGUACAAACAUAUUCUUCAUGUCAUUUUUUUUUUUUUUAGAUGAAUAGAACUGCUAUCGGGGACUACAGUAUUAUUUCUAUUAAUCCAACCACAGAGAAUAAUUGCAGUGAAUUAAUAAAAACACAUCUAUUUAGAGCCUAAAUCCAUAAAAUUAAGCUUUGUCAGUUUUUAGCUACAAAUUGGGAAAUUUAAGCACCUAUUAGUGAAUUUUAGUUUCUUUGUUUUUCGUGAUUUGUGCUCCGUUAAAAUAUUUCACUUUUGAAAGAUAAAUGCAUGUGGCUCUUCUAAGUGCAUCAAAAAUUAUGUGUCGAUAAUGCCCUUAAAGAACACAAUUGAGAUUUGGAUUCUUUAUUAGAUGACCUUGCCAAUUCCUGUUAACGAUAUUUGAAUACCAUCAAUGCAAGUUGACUGCAGUGUUUUGACUUGACGUCUAGUCUGCCCUUGUUUUAUUAGGAGAAAAGCUUUGUGGCCCUACUUUUGUCCCUCCCCAGCAUUCCCAUAUCACCGACAAAGGAAAAUGCUCUAAGGUGCUGGUAUUUGUAAAUAUAGAUUUUAGUAUAUGAGCAAUAGAAUCACAGCCCACUAAUUUGUUUUAAAACUAUAAUUUGCAAUUUAUGAUUUUUAAAUCAGAAAGAAGAUUUUUAAAAUAAUUAUGUUUAUAUAAUGCUCUACUUGCUGAUAAGUUUAUAGCUUAUAAUAUUAAUUAAUAGUACUUUCAUCACAGCUUCUCUCUCUUUCUCAUAUCAAGGGUUUUGUGCAGUGGUUAUUUUAUAAAAGCUUUCCAAAGAAUGAAACAUUUUUUUAUAGGAUGAAAAUAUUCUCUCUGCCAUUGAGCAUUUGUUUUACUGUGUGUCUAGUGCUGCAGAAUUUCUUUUUUGUAUGUUCUGACUUGGUAGGUAUUGGCCAAAGCCAAAGCUUUGAAAAUGGCUAAGAAAUCUUUUAGCUUAUCCAUAUCUUUAUCUGACUUGUAUACAUCAGCUUUGCUAAGAAACCCCAAACAGGUACCUACACAUUUUACCCACCCCUUAAUUUAAAACUUUGGCACCAGGUGGAUUCUCCAGUUGUGCCUUUCUGUUUCUCUCACCUUUCAGCGCUCUGGCCUUACUUCACUGGGUUCUUUACUCCUUUCCUACCAUGUAUAUUUACUGAAUUCACUUACCGAGCUCUGUUCUAAAGGGUCGUGAUAUGCUCUAAAUAAAAGGUGAUCUCUUUGGAGAGACAAGUUCCUAAGUAAUUACAUUUAAUAGUGUGUGAUAAAUCCCACAAUGGAGAGAGGUACAAAAGACAUUGGUGGCGUAGGAUUCUUAAAAGUCACUUCUGCUUGGGGGAUUGUAGAGACCGAGAGGGUGGAAUAUUUGAACUGCACCCCUAGCUAGAAAAAGGGCAGGGGACCUGCGGGGAGAGUCUAGGCAGAAGGAAGAGAAUGACUUACUUGGAACCAUCGCUGGUCCAGAAGACUUGCUGGUCAUCUUCAUUUCUUGCUUUCUCCCUCCUAAGUGAUGUCAUCAAUCAUAAUCAGCAUAAUCCUGCCAUCAGCUGUAUUAUGCUGUAUUUUGAACAGAUAAUUUGAGUUAGGUUUUCCAUUCAAAAGGAAUAAAGAGCCACUGAAGACAGGUCAUUAGGGAGCUAUCUGGCUGUAUUUGGCUUUGCACAUCUUUGAGUAGACCUAAAUCUGCUCCGGGGGUCAUGUACGUCUCCUUUGUCUGUCUUAGUUAUUCCCUUCUUACCUCAAGACUUACUGUAAAUAAAAAGCUGCUUUGUUUGAGGUAUUUUUAUUUUGGAGAGUGUUAUUUUCUCAAAAUUGAUUUAGUUGUGGCUAAGGGGAAAAACUGAAGAGGCAGCUGUCAGAGAUUUUAUUUCUGAAGAGGUUCAAACUCUAGAAAGAAAAUUACUUUAGAAAGAAGUCAUUUAGCUACGAGUCUUUAUGUGCUUGAAUUUCAUCCUCAAGAACACUUAUCUUGGAAAAUGACUUGACUGGUCAAAGGAAUCAUUAUAGGAAGAAGGUGGGAACAGGCAUCAGGUUAAAACAUUUCAAUUACGACUGGGAUAAAAGAAACUAUCAAAAGUUGGUCCUUUAAAAGGAUCCCUCGAAGAUGUUAGCCACCAUUAAAUAAAGAUGAUCAUUUGAGCAAUUCCAGUUUUCAAUUUGAUUUUGAGAAAUGGUUACCAUAAAUCUGACCACUAUUGUGGAUGGAACUUAGGUAUGUGGUGCUCUCACCGUUGUGUGUGUCAUGGGGCUUGUGACCGCAUACGUUCCACAUGGGGGUCUGGUCCCUGCUAGAGUGCUAAAUCACACCGAAACAGGAUGGCAGGAACCCCAUUAAUAGCCACACUUUUCCUCCGCUCACCACCUCCUCUGAUUAUUCCUGUCUUUCUAGACUGCAUUUCCGUGGCAGAAAGGGUAAGAAUAGCUUUCCCAGUCCUAAAUAUGAAAUAUUUAAUAGAAGGCUAUCUCCCCACCUUUCGCCUCGAGAAGUCGUUUUUAAUCAGGACUCGGAAUCCCAGCCUUGCCUUUGGCCUGAGAAGGAAGGAACAGCGUCCGCGUGAGUUUUCGCGCCGGACCCCGCGCAGUCGGCCACUUCCCCUUGUCGUCGCUGCUGUGACUUCCCAGCAGUGGUGGGUCAUGGUCGUGGCUGUAUGAAGGCAGUGGCACCUUCCCAAAUAGAAAGCUCUCAAGUGGGGUACAGCCGAAGUCAGGAGCCCCACCUCUCCUACGCAGAGAAACGGUGAAGGCGGCCAUUUGGAGACGGCGCACACACCUUAUUCGUCCCGGCAGGGAUACACUUCAGAGAAGAUAACCCUAUUUUUAUCUGUACAUAUUGGAAUUUUUUUACUUGGCAUCUGUAGCAAAAAUAGAAAACCAGUAAUCCCGGGGGUCUUGGUUGGUCCAUUAUUCACGUUAAAAGUUGCAGAGACUUCGUGUUUAUAAAACUUUCACUUCAGAAUUCAUCUGCUAGAGAAGUCCUUUUCCCACCCGAGUCCAACGCAGAAAUUUCCCCGGAGGCCCUGGCGAUUCCCGGGGGCCCGGCCGCCUUGCGCAGCCGCGGUAGUGGGCCGCGGGGCCUGCCGACGCCACGGCCUUGCGCAGCCGCAGUAGUGGACUGCGGGGGCUCCCAACCGCCACGGGCUUGCGCAGCCGCAGUUGCAGGAGGAGGGCACGUUUAAGGGUCCCCUGCAAUUUUCCGUCCCGCCUGGGAGCUUGUCUGGCGCUUCCCUCCUUUCUCCCUCCACUUCUCGAGUGAGUGGCCAUGAGUCGGGCCGUGGGAGUCCUGCGGGCCGGCCCGAGAGUGGGCGCCGGGAGAGUGAAUUGGCUGUGUCCCCGCCGGGCGGCGGGCCUCCCUCUCACGGGCGCCUGGGCCAUCCCCCGCGUGUGCAAGAUGGCAACUGUCGGGUGCCAGCUUCUCAAGAACUUCGCUUCCGAGGAGGCCGUGCCUCACAACAAGGUCUCCAUCAUCGGAACCGGAUCGGUUGGCAUGGCCUGUGCUAUCAGCAUCCUGUUAAGGGGCUUGACCGAUGAACUUGCCCUUGUGGAUGUUCAUGAAGACAAACUGAAGGGGGAGACGAUGGAUCUUCAGCAUGGCAGCCCCUUCGUGAAAAUGCCAACUAUUGUGUCCAGCACAGAUUACCUCGUCACUGCAAACUCCAGCCUCGUGAUCAUCACCGCAGGGGCGCGCCAGGAAAAAGGGGAAACACGGCUGAAUUUAGUCCAUCGAAAUGUGGACAUCUUUAAAUUAAUGAUUUCCAGUAUUACCCAGUAUAGCCCUCGCUGCAAAAUGAUCGUUGUUUCCAACCCAGUGGAUAUACUAACUUACGUGGCCUGGAAGUUGAGCGAAUUUCCCCCAAACCGUGUUACUGGAAGUGGUUGUAGUCUGGACACGGCCCGUUUCCGUUUCUUGAUUGGGCAGAAGCUCGGUAUCCACGCUGAAAGCUGUCAUGGGUGGGUCCUGGGAGAGCAUGGAGACUCGAGUGUGCCUGUGUGGAGUGGAGUGAACGUCGCUGGUGUCCCUCUGAAGAACCUGAACUCAGCCAUAGGAACUGAUCAAGAUCCUGAGCAGUGGAAGAAUGUCCACAAAGAUGUGGUCGCUAGUGCCUAUGAGAUUAUUAGAAUGAAAGAUUAUACUUCUUGGGCCAUUGGCCUAUCUGUAGCUGAUUUAACAGAAAGUAUUUUGAAGAAUCUUAGAAGAGUGCAUCCAGUUUCCACAUUAGUUAAGGGUCUCUAUGGAAUAAAUGAAGAAGUAUUCCUCAGUGUUCCGUGUAUCUUGGGAGAGAAUGGUAUUACAGACCUUAUAAAGAUAAAGCUGACCACAGAAGAAGAGGCUUGUCUGAAGAAGAGUGCAGAAACGCUUUGGGAAAUUCAGAAGAAGCUCAAGCUUUAAAGUUGUUGGAAACUACCUUUCUGAAGUUACUGAAGGGAUAGUAGUUACAGGGUUUUGUUUGUCAAAAAAAAAAAAAAUUUUUUUUUUAUAAGCUUGAAUUUCUAGAAGUUGGAAACAGGAAAGGAAGUAGAGUGAGUUGCCCCCAAGCUUUUUUUUUUAGCAUCUAGAUGUCAGGAUGCUUUUUCCCCCUGUAGUUCCUAAGUGACCGCAUCGAAGGUGUUUCUGUACCACAGAUGUACCAGCACGUGCUGUGUGUGUGUGUGUGUGUGUGUGUGUUUGCUCUUUGGUCCAAAAAGGAUUAGGAUAUAGGCAUUUGUGUUAUAGAAAUGAUAAUUUUCAUUAAGUACAUGUUCUUUCAUUCUGGAUGGCUUAUACUUACUAUGUUUAUUUACCAUUUUUAAGAUGUUGUAACUUCCUUUACAAUGUAAAAAUAAAUGUACCUACAGAA